AUGGACGUGGUGCUUGUGAACCAGACGUCGGUCGCCACGCUCGACGGCAUGCUGCACCUGGACGAAGCGGACGUGCUCGCUUUGGGGGGCACGGUCGCCCAGUUUACCGCCGCCCUGGUGCGCAAGGCACGUCUGUCGCCUCGGACCGAAGCGCACCUGAAGAUGUACGGCGUCUGCCUUCCGCGAUCCGCUGCUGUGGCGCCGUAUGAGCCCACACUUCGCACGCAGACGGCGCGCUGGGUGCUUGCCUUUAGCGUGCCAACGGCUACAUCGAUGCAGUUGUUUGUCAAGACGAUGUCGGGCUACACGGUGACGGUGAAUGCGACGCCAGCGCACUCGGUGGCCCAGCUCAAGCGCCACCUCGCGCGCAAGAUUGGCAGCGGCUACGUCGUCGAUCGACUCUGCUACUGCAGCCGGGAGCUCCGGGACGCGGCGACCGUCGGCGACUAUGGACUGCCGCAAUUCGCGACGCUGACGGAGCUGCCGCGCCUGCGCGGGGGCAGCGUCGGAUGUCUUUCAACGUCGGUCCUCGAGUCGCGCCCAUUUGUCAACCUGGGCGACAAUAAGCUCUUGGAGACGGUCGAGUUUGCAACGACGGCGCCGACGUGGCACCAGUGCAGCACGGGCCUCAACAUUCACGGUGUGUGCUUGACGCGAACGUGCCCCGCCUACGACAUGUGGGUAAUUGUGCCCCAGGGCAUGCAGCCCUUCAACUUGCUCGUGCACCAAGCCAAGUGCCCGAUGUGUGACGCACCUGUAGAGGCGGUCACGUGCGGCUUCCACGACUGUCGCUGGCGGUUUGAGGGUAUUGCAGCGGCGACCAAGAUGCACAUGAGCAGCGAGUGGGCCGAGGCGGCGGGCGGGCGCUACCACCAGUUUUCCCACUGCGUGGACGACAUUGUGCAGUGGCAGAGCCUCGUGCUCAUCGCCAAGCCGCUCGACAAGGCCGACGACUGCGCCGUGUGCUGCGAACCGCUUGCGGUCGGGGCGACGCGCAAGCUGCCGCGCUGCAAGCACACGUUUCACGUUGGCUGUGCGACCGAGUGGGCACGCAUGUGUGCGUUGCGGAACCGCCGCCCGAGCUGCCCGAGCUGCCGCACCGCCUACGUCAAGUAGGUAAGACCAGGAGGUGGACGACGCAAGGUUCGUCGAACGCCGGUUUAUAUCAAUGUUUUUUAAUUGAAGUCCAUACGAGGAA